AUGCCGCCGCUCGGUUUUCCGGGUUGCUCACCGGCCUGUCCUCGCUAAAAUGGCAGAGGUCGGUCAGCGGCUGGGCAGCGGCGCUUACCGGCUGUCGGCUCUCAGAACCGGCCACAGUCGACCGAGGAGCCCCGGAGGAAGUCCCGGAAGUCUCCUGAUAAGCUGCGGCUCUGUCGGUAGCUGGGCUAUAGAGGAAUCAGAUCCAAGAGAAGCGUCAAAGAGCAAAACAACAAGACGAAGAUCACAGAAAGUUUCCAAAGCGAAGAAUUGUGAAAAUCAGCCGGGAAAUGUGAUUUUGCCUUGUGCCACCUCUUUGGAGCUGAGUACGCCAAGUUUAUUCUGGUUGGUUGAAACCAGAGAGAACCGGCCAGCCCAUACAACAGCCCUGUUCCUGUCUGCAGGGCUCCUCCAGGAGAAGCUGCUGUCUGGUAGGAUGACACCCUGGACCAGAGGAGCUGUUUCCAUCCACCCUGAUGCCUUCAGGUCCCCUCAGCAGCUGCGAGCUUUCUGCACUGUCCUCUUCGUUCUGUCAGAGCAGGGAUCAGUGAGGCCUGGCUGCAGAUGGAGACGUCUGAAACUUCACCCUGACACCCUGAAAGCGCCAGCAUCAUUCAGAAGCUACAGCUGGAGCUCAGAAGAUGCUCCUCUGCUGCACAGAAGCAGGACGGCCUAUUACGACAUCCUCAGCGUGUCCCCCACCGCCACACAGUCCCAGAUCAAGACGGCCUACUACAAGCAGUCCUUCAUCUACCACCCUGACAAGAACCCGGACAGCAUGGAGGCCACCCAGCGGUUCUCUGAGAUCAGCGAGGCGUACACGGUCCUGGGCAACAUCAGCCUGAGGAGGAAGUACGACCGGGGCAUCCUGAGCCACUCUGACAUCCAACGGGCAGGGAGGCCGUCCUCUAGAGAGACCACGGGCAGAUCUACAGGUUCCCCACAUCAGCAUCAGCAGCAGAGAGCCAGGAGGUUCUCUCAACCUGGAGGAAAACCCAUAUUUGAUUUUGACGCCUUUUAUCAGGCUCACUACGGGGAGCAGCUGCAGAGAGAGAGGGACAUGAGGGCCCGCAAGCAGCGCAUGGAGGAGCAGCAGAAGGAGAACCUGAGCAGGUGGAGGGAGAAGAAGAUGAUGGAGCUGGCUCUGACAGUGGCGGUGGGCAUGGCAGGGCUGCUUUUCGUCAGCAUCGCCAGGCCCUGAAAUAGAAACAGCAGCCAGACGCGUCACCUCUCCGGCUGCAUGUUGUGAUUCUCAGGGAGGGAGAGGGUCAGGGUGAGGGUGAGGGAGGGGUGAGGUUGCUACCUCAGACUGUUUUGCAAGUGUUGCACAGUUUCUCACAGUUGAAGAGGAUUAUUUUUAGUCUUGCUCCAGUAAAAACACAGAGCGGUCUGUCUUCUCAUUCAUAAAAUGUAUCCACUCACAUGCUGAAUGUAACAGGUUCCUAAUUUUGCAGGUCCGUCUUAAAAUAAUCACCAGGUACCCAUUUGAACACCAAAACUGUUAUUAUCUCUCCUCCUGUUCUUACUAGACACUUAAAGAUCCGUUCUUGAUGUUUUCAAUGUAAAUGAUGGGGAAAAAAUACACAAUCCUCCUCUUUCCUUCUUUUAUGUAUUGAACAGUUUACCUGAAGCUAAUAUAUGAGCCUUCAGCAGGUUGUUUUAUAAGAUAUCCUCCUCACUAUGUGGUUUACGGUCUGCUAUUUUUGUUAAUAUCUUUUUGCUGCAGCUCAGCAUAAAGCCAUUAUCCAAGAAAACAAAAAGGACCUGCAUUGAAAUCAUAUCAGGAUCUUUUAAAGUCUUGUCCAGUCAUCGAUUUAACCCCCAAAAUUCAUCUGUGCAUCAGAAUUAUACAUAUAGAUUUUCUUUUUGGGCUGCACAGUGGGAUAGUGGUUAGCACUUUGUCUUUGCAGCAAGAAGAUCCCUGGUUCGAGUCCCGGCUUGACCCUGGGAUCUUUCUGCAUGGAGUUUGCAUGUUCUCCCUGAGCAUGCGUGGGUUUUCUCCGGGCACUCCGGCUUCCUCCCACAGUCCAAAAAUAUGCUGAGGUUAAUUGAUUAUUCUAAAAAUUGCCCAUAGGUGUGAGUGUGAUUGUUUGUCUGUAUUUGUAGCCCUGCGACAGACUGGUGACCUGUCCAGGGUGUCCCCUGCCUUCGCCCGAGUCAGCUGGGAUAGACUCCAGCAUCCCCGCGACCCUAGUGAGGAUAAAGUGGUGUAUAGAGGAUGGAUGGAUUUUAUUUUUUUCUCCCAUGAAACUGUGAUUGGUACACCACAGUUUCGAAGUAGAAAAACUCAGCCAUGGCGUUGACUGUUUAUUUUACCUAUGAUAUGUCUUUAAACUGAUUUUUAAACAAAAAUCACCUUAUGGGCAUGUUAACAAAGCUUGAUUUAUGGCCAGUAAGAACAGUACUAAUAAGUAAGGAAAGAAAAAGCCGUUCCGUGGCUUAUCUGGACAAGACAGAUUUGCAAAAUUGCGUAUUAAUCCUGUAAGACAGCUACUGAAUUUUCCUCAUUUCUUCAUGUAUAGGAUCUAAAAAAUGGAAACAUUGGAAGUAUUUAUUCCUGUAAUACUUCAAGCACAGAAUACAGUCCCAGAAUACAACAAAGGCAACGAUUCUGCUUUACCUUAUCUGACAGAAAUCAAUGCCUUUCUUGUUAUUUUUGAUCAUUUGAUGAUAAAAAUGUCUGUUAUACUUGAAUCAAUUAAACACCUACUGACAAUAUUGAUUAGAAUUUUGUUUCACCCUCAGUUCUUGUGAUUUUACUGCUCAUGGUUUUUCUUCAACACUGACUGAAACCUCUUGGCAAGUGCUAAAACUUCCUGUAUGCAGGAGGAAUCAUGAAGCAUGUAGGCCUUUAAAGGAUCUCUGAAGCACCUAGUUUAUGGUGAUGAGAAGAUAUUUCACACUGAAUGGCUUUCUCACAUUUCAUUUGAUUCAUCCGUGCUGGUUUGUUUAUUUUUUCUCUCAGCCAUCACAACAGUUGUUCAGUCAGUUGUGAAGCUUUAAUUUACUUUUGUUUCUAAAGCUAAACAACUUUUGGGAGCUGAAAUUGAUCUCUGUCCAUAUGGAAAAAUUCAACUUCUAAUGCUGAUCAACGCACAAUUCAUCCACCUUUCGCUAUACACUGACUCUGUAAUUUACUAAACGGACUAUAUUAUAAUUAAUUUAUACACAUUUUGACAUCAUCCUCCAGAUGUUAAGUGUAUGUACUGUACACACAGGAUGCUGCAUUGUGAUUGAUAUUAGAAAUUUAAAAAUGUUUAUUUUGUGCAAAGGAGGCUGUAUUUAUGAAACUACAAUAAAACUGUUUGAUUCAUUUA